AUGAGUUUACCGACAAGAAUUCAUCCAGGAGUAGCUAAGCACGAGCAAUCUAAUAGCUCUUCAAGCACUUCGUACCUCCAACGGUUGCUCGUUUCAAACGAUAAUAAUAAUAUAAGCCAAUUAUUAUCACAAUCAGCAUUGAAUAUUCAACAAUUAGAGCGAACAAGUAAUUAUUUACGAGUUAUUAAGAUCUGUUCAUGA